UGAGCGGUUUGGUCGCUGUGGCAACGGAACUCCAUUCUGUCAACGUUAGCAAGAUACAGAAGAGCCACAAAUCUGACAAAACAGCAGCAUGUCUUCAGCAUUGGUGAGUGGAUCGAGGACUCCUCUCCUCCCAGACAUCUACAAUCCACAUAAACACAGGACAACACCGACGUCUAAGUCCAGCCCGGAAUGGAUGAAGGAGAAUCCCGUCCAUCCAGCUGCAGAGAAAACGCAGAUCCCCACCGAGUUCACGGAGCCUCUGCGUCAGAGUGUGUGCGUGGCUCUGCUGCGCGAGGGCUUUCCUCGCUCGUUUGCGCAGAUGUUCUCGCUGCUGCAGCGCUGGGACGCAGCGGAUCCGCACGAGCUGCACACACUCCAGCAGCGCCUCACCUCCGCAGAGACCGCCGAGAGACACGGACAGUAUGGAGAGGCGUAUGACAACCACAUGUUCUUGGCCAGGUUUUUCACCGAGCCGGAGGACAAAUGGUUAAAGCAUCAUUUCAUUCAGCUGGCCCUCCAUUCAGCUCGCAAAUUCAAGAUGGACUCUGGCAAAAGAGAGGCUGAGGCCAACCUACACAUGGGCCAAGUUUAUUUAGAGAAGGGUCAGCUGGAGCGAGCACAAGAGCAUUAUGAGGUGUUUUAUCACCUGACCAUGGGCCGUACAUGGCAGGACCCCAGCGGCCGCAUGCAUCACUCACGCUCAUGUGAGGAGCUCCAGAAGCUGUUCACGCUGCUGGGACAGAGAUUGCUUCAGGAACAAGACUACACACAUGCCAUUAAGAUGUUCAACAAGGCCUACCAGAUGGCUAAAGAGUCGGAAGAUCGAGGGUCAGAAGGAGAAGCAGCCUAUAGACUGGGCCUGGCGUAUCAGAGCACUGGAGACCAGAAGACUGCUAAACAGUUUUUCAGCGUAUGUAUGGAGAUCUCCACAAUACUUGAAAAUGCAGACAGCCUGGGAAGAGCAUAUGAAGCCAUUGCCAAAUCUCUGGAGAGUGAAGGCAAACUAACAGAGGCAACUGAAUAUUUGGAGAAGUUUGCAGAGAUUUCUCUAAGCAGCAAACAGGACAGAAACCUCGAGAAAGCCUGCAUGUGCCUUGGAAACAUCCUCAGCUUGAGAAAGCGGUAUGAUGGAGCUCAUGAACAUUUUGGACGUGCGUAUGAGAUUGCGUGUAAUCUGGCGUCGGUGGUCAGGCUGCAGAAGGCUCGGGUGUGUGCGGGCAGCGCUCGUGCGCUCAGCAUGAUGCAGACCUAUCACAGGCUCAUAGAGACACCAGGACGCCAGAACAUCAAGAGAAUCAUCAGCUGGAAGAAGAGGAGACACGACAGUUUAAGUGCACCAUUAGAGGAAGAAAUGAAGAGAUGAACAGUGGAAGGCAGAUGUUUGUCUGAAGGCUGAAUAAAGUACUAUGAAAUCUGUUCAAAUCUGUCUUUUAGAGAGAUUCCAUGUGGAAAAGAAGUGCAUUUAUAAGGGAUUUUACAAUUUAAAAGAAUAUACUUAAAGGGUUAGUUCACCCACAAAU